ACGUACAGAAUCGUCGUCAUCGGGGAUGACAAUGCAAUGAAGAACAAAAUCCUUCAGACUUACGCGUACCCGAGAGGCGCCACAUCACGCGAGUAUACGCCAAAAACCUUUGAGAAUUUUGUUGUGGAAGUCAAGGUUAAUAACCACUUGACACGACUAGCGCUGUAUGAUACGACCGGCCAAGAGAGGUACAUGCGGCUUCGAGUUCUGGGCUACCAAUCAACUAGCAUAUUUCUUGUGCUUUCACGGAAGACAAAGUCAGGCCCUGAAUUGUACCAGGUUGAGAACAAAUGGAUCCCUGAGAUCAUGGAGCACUGCCCCGGGACCCCUUAUCUCAUAGUGGGGACAUACAGGAAUAAACCUGGGGUGGAAGCACUGCCUGAUAACUCAGUUGAAGGCGGCCGGGUCGCGGAAAGGGCUGGCGCAAUUGGCUACACUGAAUGU